AUGUCAGACUACAAUCCAGUCAAGGAUCUGGGCCUAACCUGUCCCUAUGGCGGAAUCUUCUACAUCUGCGCUGACGAUCCAGAUCGCUUCAUCGGCUGCUGCACCAUCAACCCCUGCGGCGCGCGAAAGGGCCUCUGUCCUGACAAGAGUCUCAGAUCAGCCAGCUUCAACGCGACACUUCAGCACGAGUUCCUCCCCCAGGCUUGUAUCAACGACAACGUCGAUGUCAGUUGGUACGCCUGCCUUGGAGAGGCACUUCCUUUUCUAGGAUGCUGUGCUGUGGAUCCUUGCCUCCGUGGUGUUUGUCCUCAAAGAGAUCUGAGAGCAGCGAAGUUGAGCGAUAAGGCCAAGAAUGCGCAGGACUUUCUUGAUGGAGAUCCUGAGUAUGUGCCAUGGCCUACGUCUUCUGCCUUGACAGGAUCAGGUAUAUCCUCAAGCAGUCUGUGUGCCAGCUUGACCACUGCAAUGGCGACCAUGAUCUCCAGCUUCAUCACUUCUUUUGCCACGGAAACAACGAUUGCAAAAAUCACCUCCACGGUUACAACAACGACCUCUGCCAUGCCAAUCUUGCCCACGGAAGCUCCAGAUGCACCUCCCGUGGGACCCAAAGGGCACGGCUCGAACUCGAAACUUGCAUGGCUGGUGGUGAUUCCCAUCACCUUAUUCCUUUGUUACUGUGUCUGGAAGUAUAGAUGUAUUCCUCGAUGUAGAGCCAAACUAUCCAAAGGAAGACCUGAGCAGAGAGAUGAACAGGAACACCAACACGAGCAACAGCAACAGCAGGAACACGAACGGAACCCGAACAUUCUUCCAUAUCCAGUAACCGAUCAAAUGCCCACAGAGGAUAAUUUCCGGCACAUUGGGGAACGUUCAAGCAGACAAAACCCACGAACAACCUACGAAUAUCCACAGAACAUCCAAGGCCAACGAUAG